AUGCUAUUGUCCGUUGCGCUGGGCUGCUCCUCUAAAACAGACCGGACAAAUAGUGAAACCAAUAAGCAGGCAUUAGCGCCCACCAUUAUAUCAGACCAGGUGGGUUAUGAUACCGAUGAUCCUGCCAUCUGGAUCAACCCGGCUGAUGCCGCUCAAAGCCUUAUUGUGGGCACGGAUAAAAACAGCGAGGGCGGGCUGUAUGUGUUUAACCUGGCUGGAAAAAUCGUCAAUAAAAUAACCGGCUUAAAACGCCCUAACAAUGUAGAUAUCGCCUACGGACUGAACAUGAACGGGCAGCCCACCGAUAUUGUAGUGCUUACGGAACGCGAAACCGGCAAGAUCCGCAUCUACAGUAUGCCCGGACUACAACCGCUGGACAAUGGUGGCAUCGCGGUAUUUGAGGGAGAGGCGGAACAUUUUCCGAUGGGCAUAGCCCUGUACACAAGACCGUCCGACCAUGCCAUAUUUGCCAUCGUAGGCCGCAAGUCGGGACCAUCAGAUGGUUAUCUCUGGCAGUAUGAAUUAAAGGACAAUGGAAGUGGAACAAUCGCCGCCACCAUAGUACGCAAAUUCGGAAAAUACAGCGGCAAGAAAGAGAUUGAAUCAAUUGCUGUUGACAAUGAGCUUGGUUAUGUUUAUUACUCCGAUGAGCAAUAUGGUAUUCAUAAAUAUUAUGCAGCACCGGAUAAGGGAAACGAAGAGCUGGCAUUGUUCGGGCAAAAGGAUUUCCAGGAAGACAUAGAAGGCAUCUCCAUUUACAAACAUGCUGAUGGCACGGGUUAUCUCUUGGUAUCCAACCAGCAGGCCAACAGCUUUAAUAUCUAUCCAAGGGAAGGCAGCCCGGCGGAUGUAAAUAAGCACCUGGUAAUCACUUCCAUUCCGUUCUCCACACUUGAAAGUGAUGGCUCUGAAGUUACCAGUACUGCAUUGGGAGCCCAAUUUCCUAAGGGCCUGUUCGUAGCCAUGACCAAUGGAAAAGCCUUUCACUUUUAUGACUGGCAAAUGAUACAGGCACGUAUUCCGGUGCCCGCAAAAUAA